CCACAACAACGAUACCAACAGCACCCUCCUUAUCAUCCAUCGAAACAACGACCUUAACAGUACAGACAUCAAGCAGACAACUAUCAUGUGACCACGGCUGGUUGUCAAUAGGUACAGGUUGUUAUCUGAUAACACCUCCAGAUGCUACAAGACAGACAUGGCAAAAUGCGACGGAAAUUUGUAAAACUAUUGGUGGUUACCUUGCGGCCAUGGAAACUGCAGAAGAAAAUCAACUGUUAAAAGAAUACGUAGGAUCCUUAGGUGCAACUUCUAAAGAUUAUUUUAUCGGAGGUUCUGAUCUACAAACUGAUGGCACCUUUAUAUGGGAGCAUAGCGGUGACCUUAUCAAUUUACAUGGCAGCGGUUUCUUUCAUGACUGGAUGUCAAUAUAUCAGCCAGAUAAUACCGAUGAUCUCCAUUGUAUGGUUCUUUAUGGACAAGCAAGUCAUAUGUGGAAUGAUGUUUCGUGUACAUAUGCCAGGGAAUUCAUUUGUGAAAAAGACCCAUGAUGAUGUCAUAUAGAAAUAUAGAAAUAUUAUAUCAUAUCAUGAUUUUAACGUAACAAGCUAAAUGAAGGUAUUAUUUCAGUGAUUCAACUUUUCCUGAAAUUUUUAAUAAGCAAAUCUUGAAAAAGCAUACGUCUGUUCAUAUAAUAUAGGUUUGGGGAACAAAUAGGGAAAAUGUCUUGGCGGAAUGCUUACUUGUUGCUAUUACAAAAAAGAUUUUUAAAGCCUCGGUCACACAUUACCGGAUAGCUCGAACUGACGCCUAACGGAUAACUUUUUUUCAAUCCGUUCAUG